UCCUCUUUCUUUCGACUGAUCCGAGUCACGGCAGACGUCAGCCGGCGUUUGGUAAGAGGCGAGAUUAUUAUUAGGUGGAGAUGAAGGGCAAGAAACACAACAAAAAUUUGCAACAAGCGGAAGAUAAAAAGCGUCCAGAUUCGCUGUAUCCAAUCAACCACGAAAGAACCCAGGCAAGUAGAGAUCCCCAGCCACUCUCGAACUCCCAUAAUCCUUGCGUGCGUAGAGGAAAAGAUAUGGGUUCUCUAGUGGAUGCAGCCUUCGUCCAAGCUCCCGAGCACCGACCCAAACCCACCGCCACAGAGGCGGUCGUUGGCAUCCCACGGAUCGACCUCUCCCCCGUCCUCCACUCCCCCAUCCCCACCGCCGGCGGCGCCGCCCCGCCGGCCGUCUCCAGUCUGCUAGCGGAGGUGGAGGCGGCGUGCCGGGAUUGGGGGUUCUUCCAGGUGAUCAACCACGGGGUUCCUUCAGAGCUGCAGGACAACAUCAUGGCAGCGUCCAAGGGAUUCUUCGCGCUGCCGGCGGAGGAGAAGUGGAAGAUGAAGAGGGAUGAAGUGAAUCCGCUCGGGUACUACGACACGGAGCAUACAAAGAAUGUGAGGGACUGGAAGGAGGUGUUCGACUUCAUCGUUGACGAGGUGCCCGUGCCCGGAACUGAUGAGUUCCUCUCGCUUAGGAACCGGUGGCCAGAAUAUCCUCCAGGAUUUAGGGAGGCAUGUGAGAAAUAUGCCAAAGCUGUGAAUGAAUUAGCUUUCAGGUUGCUGGAGCUGAUUGCACUGACUUUGGGCUUGCCAGCCAAGCGAUUGAAUGGAUUCUUUAAAGAUCAAUCUAGCUUCAUCCGCCUCAAUCACUACCCUCCAUGCCCCUCCCCUCAUCUCGCCCUAGGUGUCGGCCGGCAUAAGGAUCCUGGAGCUCUCACCAUCCUGGCUCAAGAUGAUGUUAGUGGGCUUGAUGUCAAGAGGCGAUCUGACGGCGAGUGGAUCCGUGUCAAGCCAAUUCCCAACUCUUAUAUUAUCAAUGUUGGCGACAUUGUUCAGGUCUGGAGCAAUGAUAAAUAUGAGAGCGCAGAGCAUAGGGUGUCAGUGAACUCAGAGAGGGAGAGAUUCUCCAUUCCUUUCUUCUUCAAUCCGGCACAUUAUGUGGAAGUGCAGCCAUUAGAGGAGCUUAUAGAUGAAAAGAAGAGCCCGGCUAAGUACAAUGCCUACAAUUGGGGAGAGUUCUUUAAGUCAAGGAAAAAUAGCAAUUUUAAAAAGCUGGAGGUAGAAAACACCCAAAUUUAUCAUUUCAAGAAGGUGGUAUGAUUGCUCAAUAGUCUUGCUAUGGAGAGGAUUGUUAAGUAAGUCGUACAAAGGAGUGUUAUGUUGACAUAAAACCUACUGUAUCUUCCAUACUAUGUAAUGGAAUGUUAUGUUGCAAUAAAACCUACUAUGUGUUCCAUACUAUGUAUUGUUCAGUGUGUUAACCAGAAAGUAUGUAAAAUAUUAUGAUGCUUUAUGAUAUGGAUGAAUUUUCCUUCCCAGCAUUUGCUUAA